CAUUCGGAGCUACCGAAAAUGGAGUGUGUAUUGACAUGUACGAUGUUGGUAACGUAACAAUCAGGGAUUUUAAAGAUUUUCCAAUGCAGAUCUAAAUUUUUGGAGUAGCGUAUUACCAAUGAGUGUCAAGAUGUCCAACUCAAACAGGUUUCAAAGGAGAUCGGACUUUGAAAUUGCAGGUUUAUACGACCUCGAAAAAACUAUAGGCAAGGGCCACUUUGCAGUGGUGAAGUUAGCCCGGCAUGUUUUUACAAAUGAGAAGGUUGCUGUUAAAGUGAUAGAUAAAACGAAACUAGAUGAGAUUUCCAAAUCACAUUUAUUCCAAGAGGUUCGUUGUAUGAAACUAGUCCAGCACCCCAAUGUUGUGAGAUUAUAUGAGGUGAUAGACACCCAAACGAAACUCUAUCUCAUUCUAGAGUUGGGUGAUGGUGGGGACAUGUAUGACUACAUCAUGAAGCAUGAUAAAGGUUUACCAGAAGACAAGGCUAGACGAUAUUUUAGACAAAUUGUAGAGGCCAUUUCAUAUUGCCAUAAACUUCAUGUAGUUCAUCGUGAUCUGAAACCAGAAAACGUAGUGUUCUUUGAAAAACUAGGCAUUGUAAAGUUAACAGACUUUGGUUUUAGCAACAUGUUCAACCCUGGAAAGAAAUUAGAGACAUCCUGUGGUUCGUUAGCAUACUCUGCUCCUGAAAUUCUCCUUGGGGACUCUUAUGAUGCACCUGCUGUUGAUGUGUGGAGCCUAGGAGUGAUUCUGUUCAUGCUGGUCUGUGGGGUGCCUCCUUUCCAGGAGGCCAACGACAGCGAGACUCUGACCAUGAUCAUGGACUGCAAAUACCUGGUUCCUGAUCACAUCUCCAGUUCAUGCAAAGAUUUGAUACACAAAAUGCUUCAGAGAGAACCUGUCCAUCGUGCCAAACUUGGGGAUAUUCUGAACCACAAGUGGUUGUGUAUGGGUGACUACAUAGCCCCUUCAGUGCCCCUCAUCUCAAGGGAACACCUCUCAGAUGACGACCAUAAUUACCUCAUAGAGAAGAUGGUGGAGGGCAAUAUUGCUACUAAAGACGAAAUUCUCCAAUCCUUAGACAGAGACCUGUACGAUCAUAUAACGGCCACUUACUAUCUGCUGGCCGAACGCAAAUUGAAGCGUCACCACCAGGAGAUGGCGCUGGCCCAAAUCCGCAAGCAUUCAGCCCCCGCUGAUCACAGCAGUCCAGCCCACAGUCUGAAGCCAAACCUGGAGCUCUCCCUCUCUCCUCGUGCCACCUCUCCUUAUGGCAAUACUGAGGUAAAGAAGACCAGAACUGCUCCCUUAUUUAAUCAAACUGCACUUGAUAUUCCGGUUAGCCCUCCUCCAGUUGAAUCCCGACACGAUUUUAUGAAAAGUUUAACAACCAGUAUGACCCUAGACCGUAGAGCAGUUAAGUCCAAUAUUAAGACCGACAGAUCAGGAAGUUUAACUGGGGCGGAGCCAAGUCCUGUGUUCCAGCUAGCUGCCGCCCAGAGAUCCGGAAGUGUCAGCCCACAGACCGGAAUACGCAGGUUCCUGCCGUCCCUCGGAACUAUUCCGGACACGGUGCUCACUGGCUCCAGAAGCUCAACAGAUCUUGAUAAGAUCAGCCAGAGUUCUAGCAAUAGCAAGAAAAAAGGAUUUGCCCCCAUAUCCAAAAUUCAAAUUCUGAAGUCGUUUUUUGAGAGAAAAGUUGCUCAACUGUCUGGCAAACCGACCACACCAGAUAGAUUUACUGGACUGUUCAAACCCCCCAAAUCUUCCAAGGAUAAACUUGGCACCAAACCAAGAAUGGUACCUACCAUUAACAUCCUCGAUACCGAUGCUCCUGACCCCAAAGUCAAAGCCACCAAAAGCAAGCUGGGAAAGGCCAAAAAAUCUAAGACAAAGUCUGAUUGUGUCCAAUCUAAAGAACCGAAAGAGGAGCAGCUACGUCGUCCAAAGACCAGUAUUGUCCAGUCUCUAGUGUCUCCUCCUGGGACCCACCCCACUCCCUCCACAACACCAGACUCCCAGUCCCGGGGGUCAAGGAAAUUCAGUCUCAUCCAAGAAGAGUCGAUCGAUGAUGAUGAAGAGGAAGAAUUGAUGGACAUCGAUCCAGGUGAACUCCGUCCAGCCAAAUCCGUCGAAAGUCUCGACGACGGAAUCCCUUGGAAAGGCUCCAAUCAGAUUAUGCCCAGCUUCGAGCCAUUUCAGGUGAAGAGACCUUUGGUGUCUGUGGCGAGUUCACCACAGCUGUUGAAUCAGAUCUGUGAGGAGAAUGAGACAGACGUUGAGGAGGAGGAUGACUUUGUGCCAAAUAAACUGCAUUCUCCAAAGCUGAGGAUGAGCCGGGGGAGUUGUGCCUCUCCAGAAGUGUUGAGGAAGUAUGAACAGAGAAAGAAGCGGUCAGGGUCAAAGGUGACAAGCUGUAGCAGUUCUGAUGCAAGUGACACUGAUGAUACAGAGAAACGCUCACGGAAGGACAAACUCAAGCCAAAAUUCAUGCAUCGGAGAGACAGUAGUGAUCAUUCUAGUGAUACGGAUGGGGGGCCUUCAGGACCACCCACAGGGGGGUUAGGUGGGGGUAGAGCAGCUACAGGGGGAGGGGGUAAAGACAGGAGUAGUAAUAAGGACAGAAAGGGUGGUGGGGGCAGUAAAGGUCACAAAGAGGGGAAAUCUGGGGGAGGGGGCGGGAAGCAACAUACUCAUUCAUGUCGAUCCAAAAGCGGAGAAACUAGCAUAUCUUCAGCCAUAUCUAACUUGAGCAUGACAAGCAUCAACAGUAAAAACAGUCUAAAGUAUAUUGUGGAAGGGGACGAGAGCAAUGAUAGUGAUGUUGAAGACAAUGACAUGAAGACCGACGAUAAGGAGGAAAUGAUGGCCAGAAAUUACAUUGACAAGGUGUGCGACAAAGAGAACAAGAGAUGUGAGGAGGUGUUCUCGCUGUGCGCGUCCGACUGCAGCGGUUAUCAAGGCAGGAAGGUGUACGGGAACAGACUCAAAAUCAAAGUGGACAUCAACAGAAACAGUUGCUGCAAUGUACAGGACUCCAAGCUUCAUCCAAUCAAAAUUCAGACCAAAUGUUGCUCUCUUGUGUGAAGGGGGGGAUUGUUUUUAUUACCUGUAUCAUCACUUUAUUUAUUUAAUUUUUGUCUCCCUUUGUGUCAUAUUGAAAUUCUCUGAAAUGUAUUCAGUCCUAAUGUACAGCAUAUAAAUUGUCUGAGUUGGUUUGAUAAAAAACUUUGGUUUUAAACUUUGACAACAUUUUUUUAAAAAGCCUGUAAAAAUGGAAUAUGCGGGUACAUGUAUGUAUAAUUUUUCUUUUAAAAAUCGCCUUGAUUCGUUGAUCAUUAUUCUGCUUUAAGAAGCAACAGUUUUAACUGAAAGACAGAUCUUUGUUAAGGAGAUGGUUGAUAUUUUGAUCUUUUCAUUUGCUUCAAUAUACAUUAGGGCUAUGUCAUUUGAAAUGCUACUGUGUAUAAAUACACACCUGUACAUUUGUAGCAAGUGGAGCAUCAUAUCUUACCGGUCAAAAGGACUUGAGAUUUUACCAAUAUUUGUUUACAUAUUUUUAAUUAGUCUGUCGACCCCUUAUUUUUUAAUUUUUGUUUUUUUCGGGAUCAUAUCUUUGUAUCACUCAAAUGGCAAUACAUAGUAAUGGUUGUUUCAGGGACGAUGUAGUUCAUAUGAGUUGAGAAAGCUGACACUUAAUACUUGACGUGUGUUUGUGAUGUUUGUGUGUAAAACAAAAAAUAUUUUCUUUUCAUGGCUGUAAUUGAGCAGUUGGAAUGUGCAUAUUCAUUAAAAAGCUUAGAAUGACUUGGCAAAUUUAGCUAGAGGAAAAAAAAACAAUAAGAAACACGGAUGUAUAUUUUCUAAUAGAAAAGAAAUACUUUGUUGAGAUUAUUUUUUUCUUCAAAUUAAGUGUUAUUCUACAUCAAAGCCUGUGUAGAUAAUAUUAAUAUCAUUGAAUAUUUAUUGUACAUAAUGUUGAUAGGUAGAUAAGAGUCCUAGUGUUAACGUCACGGAGCUGGUUUCCUUGAUGUUAGCAUAGCAGAGUUGACACUGUAGUAUAGGGAAUUUAGGGAAGUUCAAACUACACAUAGUCUGAAUGAAGAAGGACUUUCACUUGUCAUUGGGCAGAGAUUAAAACUUGUGAGUGUUAAGAGGAAGAUUAGUACGAUACAUGUUGUGAGGGAGAGAAUUUCGCCAGAUUGAUUUGCAUGUUUUACCUGUCUUCAUUUUUUUUUUUUUUUUGGUGAAGUGUGUAAUUCUUGUUGAACGCUGUUUGAUGAUUCAUUUCAAAGAAAAUAUAUGAUCCCAGCAAAUUUCCCCUUCAUCAUCAAACAACCGAAUGUCUUUGCGAACAUGUUUUAUUUCUAUUUGCAAUUUAAUACCAGAUUAAUUUUUAGAAUUAUUGUUAUCAAAUGUUGAUUUUUAAAUUUAUAAAAUUUCACACCUCUCUUUUUAAUGGAAGGCAACUUCUCACACUCGAGUAAGAGUUAUCUUUCCUUUCAUAAUGUGGUGGUUUAUUUUGACAAUCAUUUUGUAAAAAUAUAUACAUGUAAUUGUUUCAUUCCUGAUCAAUAAUAGAUGACUACAUGGAAAGUGUUUGAAUUGUUUACUUGUUUAAUAUUGUAUAAUAAUCACUACAAGCUACAUGUAUUGCAAAAUAAUUACAAUGCUAUCUUGUCCUAUAAUUGCUACAUGUUGAAAAGGGUUGUAUUUACCGUUUAUGAAGAUUUAAAAACAACAACAACAAAUUUUCAUGUUCAUAUGAAUUAUUUAAUGUAACUGUUGUGUAAUAUCGCAUGUUUAAAUUAUUUCAUCGUCAGACUUAUAAUAAUGACUUCAAUUUCAAAAUGACUCUCCUAAUGAAUGAAUAUUCACUAGAUAACCAACAACAAUGCUUGGGCUGGGCAGUUUCUGUCUUCAUUUUAAAAGGAUAAUUAGGAUAAAAAUUAUCUCUUUAAUACUGUAAUAGCCUGUAUCAAUCUUGUUGUGACUAUUAGAUAGUUUAUUGUAUCCAUGUCAACAAAGUGACUUUGUUUGUUAUCUAUAGCAGCUGUUAUUUGUGUGAGAGCGCCCUUGUGUGUUGAUAAAGUGCUUUGUUGAAUUUGUGAGAUAUAUGGAAAAUAGAAACUUGUAAAAAAAACUCCAAUUUCCUUUGUUGUUUUUUUUUUUUAUUAUUCCAAUAGAGAAUUCUAGAUAUAUCCAGGAACUAUUUCCUAUUAUAUUUAAUGGGGGAAAACUGUUGCGCAUCACAAAAUUAUAAUCACAAUUAAUCAUGUCUUGCUUGAUAGAUAUUGCCAAAACUUAUUUCUGAAAUCUAAGAAGUGUAAAAAUUCAUCA